ACUUGUAUGGAUGGGCCAUGUCACAAUACAUACCAUACGGUGGAUUCAACUGGGUAGAUCCAACACUCGACGAACUGAAUGAUUUGAAUGAAACCUCGCCCAUAGGACGGAUAUAUGAGGUAGAUGUAAUAUAUCCUAAAGAACUACACGACGCUCACAACGACCUGCCUUUCAUCCCGCAAAACAGCAUAACACCCGGCUCAAAAGUAAAAAAACUGAUGGCAACAUUAGAACCYAAGAAAAAUUAUACUAUUCACUACCGUAAUCUACAGCAAGCCAUUMAAAACGGCCUCAAAGUAGAUAAAGUACAUAGAGUCAUAGAGUUUAAUCAGUCAGCAUGGUUGGCUGAUUACAUUAACCUGAACACUGAGAUGCGCAAGAAGGCCACAAACGAUUUUGAGAAAGACUUUUUUAAACUUAUGAAUAAUGCAGUAUUUGGUAUAUUAUUAUAAAUUUUAAUUUUUAAUUUUUCCUAACACUUUCUYACGAUUUUCCAGGCAASACGAUGGAAAAUGUCCGCCA